AAGAAGAGGAGGAGGAGGGGGGAAGAACAGGAAGAAGAGACGCAGCGCCUGGCGUGUAGUUUUGAAUCCUCCUUUCCCUGCCUUUCUCUCUCUCUCUCUUUCUCCCCUCCUCCUUUCCUUCCUUCCUCCCUUCCUCCCUGAGUCCCGAGACCGGCGACGUUGCAAAGGCAGUAGUGAGCUGUUCUUCUCCAGUCCGCCUCCUGCCCCUUCCUCCCUGGACGCCUUCGGGACGAGUCCGCUCACUUUGAACCCGACCAGCGCCGCCAAGGCCACUUUCGCCUCCUCCUCCUCCUCCUCCUCCUCCUCCUCCUCCUCCUCCUCUUUCCGCGCUUCAAGCUCCUGGCUAGACUCCUGGGCUGCUGCUGCUGCUGCUGCUCCUUGGAUUGAUUGGCAAGGUUGCGUGUGUGUUUGUGUGUGUGUGUGAGAGAGAAAGAGUAAGAGAGUGUGAGAGAGAGAGGUGUGAGCACAGGCUCCGCGUGGAAGCAGCUGGUGAACAUCUUAUUAGAAGACGGGAAGAACUGGAGGCUCGCUUUAUUAUUUUUUCCCUCCUCCUCCUCCUCCUCCUCUUCUUCUCCUCCCUCUUCCUUUUCUUUCUCUUCCCAAUCUCUUCAGUGUCUCUUUUCCCCUCUCGUCCUUAAAGAAGGGAGGAGGAGAAGAAGAAGAAAAACAGAAAACCCCUCUCUUUCUCAAGGACUAGCCUGAUCAUCCCAGCAUUUGCAAUCAGGAACGGAUGCAGGGGUCUGUGAAGUGAAUUGUGGAAGUGCUGAAGAAGGAGGAUUGGUUUGCGGAAACAGGAAAGAGGAAGGAAAGAGAAGAAGAAAAUACACAAGUGUAGGAACGAACGAGAGAAGAAAAACGGGGACUAUGGGGAGAAAAAAGAUUCAGAUCACGAGGAUUAUGGAUGAACGUAAUAGGCAGGUGACAUUUACGAAGAGGAAAUUUGGGUUAAUGAAGAAGGCUUAUGAGCUGAGUGUUCUGUGUGAUUGUGAGAUUGCUUUAAUAAUCUUCAAUAGCACCAACAAACUGUUCCAGUAUGCCAGCACUGAUAUGGACAAGGUGUUGCUGAAGUAUACAGAAUACAAUGAGCCACAUGAGAGUCGAACGAAUUCAGAUAUUGUUGAGACAUUGAGAAAGAAAGGACUUAAUGGCUGUGACAGUCCAGACCCAGAUGCAGACGAUUCAGUAGGUCACAGCCCUGAGUCUGAGGACAAGUACAGGAAAAUUAAUGAAGAUAUUGAUCUAAUGAUCAGCAGACAAAGAUUAUGUGCUGUUCCACCACCUAACUUUGAGAUGCCAGUUUCUAUACCAGUGUCCAACCACAACAGCUUGGUCUACAGCAAUCCAGUAAGCUCAUUGGGUAAUCCCAAUCUUUUGCCUCUGGCCCACCCUUCUAUACAACGGAAUAGCAUGUCUCCUGGUGUGACACACCGGCCACCGAGUGCAGGUAACACAGGUGGCCUGAUGGGUGGGGACCUCACAACCGGUGCAGGCACCAGUGCAGGGAAUGGGUAUGGCAACCCCAGAAACUCACCAGGUCUGCUGGUCUCACCUGGAAAUUUGAACAAGAAUAUGCAAGCAAAGUCUCCUCCUCCUAUGAAUUUGGGAAUGAACAACCGUAAACCAGAUCUCCGAGUGCUGAUUCCACCAGGCAGCAAGAACACAAUGCCAUCUGUGUCGGAGGAUGUUGAUCUGCUUUUGAAUCAGAGGAUAAAUAACUCUCAGUCUGCUCAGUCAUUGGCUACCCCGGUGGUUUCCGUGGCAACUCCUACUUUGCCAGGGCAAGGGAUGGGAGGAUACCCAUCAGCCAUUUCAACAACAUAUGGUACCGAAUACUCACUAAGUAGUGCAGAUCUGUCAUCACUCUCUGGAUUUAACACAGCCAGUGCUCUCCACCUGGGCUCAGUAACUGGCUGGCAACAACAACAUCUACAUAACAUGCCACCAUCUGCCCUCAGCCAGCUUGGAGCUUGCACUAGCACUCAUUUAUCUCAGAAUACAAAUCUCUCCCUGCCUUCUACUCAAAGCCUCAACAUCAAGUCAGAACCUGUUUCUCCUCCUAGAGACCGUACCACCACUCCCUCGAGAUAUCCACAACAUACGCGCCACGAGGCGGGAAGAUCCCCUGUUGACAGCUUGAGCAGCUGUAGUAGUUCCUAUGAUGGAAGCGACAGAGAGGAUCACCGGAACGAAUUCCACUCCCCCAUUGGACUCACCAGACCUUCGCCGGACGAACGGGAAAGUCCCUCUGUGAAGCGCAUGCGGCUCUCUGAAGGAUGGGCGACAUGAUAACAUUAUUAGCUUAUUAGGGUUUUUUCCUUGCAGUGUGUGUGUGUGUGCGUGUGUGUGUUAUACCUUAAUGGGGAAUAGGGAGGGAGGGGUCAAUAUGCAUUCUAUGUGCUGUGUGUGUGGGGAAAAAAGUCAGGUACUCUGUUUUGUAAAAGUACUUUUAAAUUGCCUCAGUGAUACCAUAUUAAAGAUAAACAGCAGUGGCUGAGAUAAGCUUCGCACUUGAGUUGUACAAUGGAACACUUGUACAAAGAUAGGUUUUAAGGUUAACUUCUUUUCACUGUUGUGCUCCCUUGCAAAAUGUAUGUUACAUUAGGUAGUGUCAUGUUGCAGGUUCAACGUUAUUUACAUGUAAAUAGACAAAAAAUAAAAAAUAAAAUAAAAGGAAACAUUUGCCCCAUGUGGCAGAUUUUUACUGAGAGAGAAAGCAGCUGUUAUGCAACAUAUAGAAAACAUGUACAGACAUUUUUGAGAGACCCAGAAAUUGGGUGACCGAGAAAAAGGGGGGGGAAGGAAGAAUGUAGGUCACCUAUUGCAUCUGAAAUACUCACAAAUAUGUUGACAUAUUGUUGGAGUAUGGCACUCAAUUAAAUGGCACCAAAACAUUUACAAGAGAACCAUACUUGAACAAAAAAAAUUUUUUUUAAGUUUUAAGGUAAACUUAUUUAAUUUUUUAAAGAAAAUCUGGGUCUGCAUCACUUAUUAAAUAAAAAUAUAAAAAUAUGUAAAUUACAUUUUUCCUUAUUUUCAUAUCAAAAAAUAAGACAGAGUUUGCAAAGCAGUGUGGCUUUUUGUAGUCUACUUAAGCCAAAAUGUGGGUUUUUUUUCCCCUUUAUAAGCUUCGCCAAUAUUUUAAACUUCCUUGAAAGAAACAAAGAGGACUUUUUUGUACAGAAAGCACUACCCUAAGCCAUGAAGAACUCCAUGCUUUGCUAACAAGAUAACUGUUUUCUCUUUGCAGAAGUUUUGUUUUUGAAAUGUGUAUUUCUAAUUAUAUAAAAUAUUAAGAAUCUUUUAAAAAAAUCUGUGAAAUUAACAUGCUUGUGUAUAGCUUUCUAAUAUAUAUAAUAAUUAUGGUAAUAGCAGAAGUUUUUGUUAUCUUAAUAGUGGGGGAAUUAUAUUUGUGCAGUUGCACAUUUAAGUAACUAUAUUUUCCUUUUGUUUUCUUCUUCUAAUCUACAUUUUACAGAAUCAAUCAGCUGUUGAAGGCUAAUCUGCAAAAGAUUAGAAUUUUCCCUUCCCAUAGCAGCCCAUAUAUUCCUAAUAUACCUGCAAUCAAUUUUGUGAUCUGUUGUAGAUACUGAUCAGUUCCAUUAUAAGCAUUCUAACCAUUUUGACCAUGCUAAAGGCCCUCUUCUUACACAGUUUAUGUCUUGCGUAUCUUGUGGCUUUUUGCCGUUUAGAUCACAACAUGGCUCAGCUUGAUCCUCAUUCCAUCAACUAAUCAAAAGUGGCAUCCUUUUCUGAUUUUUAGCCAAAUUAGAAAAGUCCCACAUUUCCCACAAUAUCAACAUGUAACGGAGCAUCCUUGAAGAUGAUAAAAAUCUAGUGAGGAGUUACAACAAAAAAAUUGAUACCCCAAAACUAAAACUCAUCUGCCCCAAGGCUGUAUUAGUUCAUUUAGAUAUGUGAGUGAGUUAGGAUUUUAAUAGAAGCCAUAUCAUAUAAUUAAAACAAAAUAAUGGGGACAAGAGUUGGACAUAGAGUCAGGGUGCCUGUAAAUUUUGAGUUGCUUAUGUCUGAGGGCUGACUUACAUUUGCAUGUAGUUCACAUCCAGGACAAUCAUAUACAUGUUUACUCAAAAAUAAGUCCCAUUGAGUUCAGUGGGACUUACUCUCAGGUAAGUGGGCACAGGAUUGCACUCUUGGUAACUCAUUGAUUUGCUGCUCAACAUACAGUGACUCAGACCUGAAUAAAGGAAGACCAUCCACUGGGUUUGAGUUGACAUCUGUACUUGGUAUGAUGCUAUUGUCAAAAAGUGAUUAAUAACAGCCACUGAUGUUUUAACCCAAACCUAUUAAUCCACAUUCCACUCAAUGGCAGUGUUGUCGUGUCCCUUUGUAGCACCUAGUUACAGUUGGUUUUUGAUAGUCAGUUUCUGCAUGAGACCACUAAUAUCUUCAUGGAUCUCAAGUUUUCAUGGCUAUGCUGUAACAAAGUCCCAGUGUUUGCAGUUAACCAUUGAAAUAUGUCUAUUCUGUACUACUUCCAAACCUAAAUUUUUCCACUCAUAGGUAAAAGAUGAUAGGUUAUCUUGAUCAAAGAAAUGAUCAACUCACCCACUGGAUUAAUCAACUGCUCUCCACUCAUUAUCACUCCACUUCCAAUGGCAGCCUCUAAAGGCUUUUUUUUUCCCCUACCUAGUUUGAUACAUAUUCUGUCACAUAAUGUGUUCAGUAAUUAUAGAGCUGCACUACAUAAAAGUUGUCAGUUUCAAAGGAAUCUUUCCCCUCUUUGAUUGGUGAUUACUGAAUUUUGAAGGUAAAUGACUUUCUCUAUUUAAAGAAAGACCAGGAGUGAAGUGUGCUGGGAAGCCCCUUUUUCUGUUUCGAUGGGAUAGCUUUCUCACUGAGGGAGAGACACUGUGCUCAUUGUUCAAAAACUUCUUGUCUUGAUAAGAGUUUUAAGUGCUUAGAGCCAGAAAUCUCAUAUCAGAAAAGAUCCUAGGCCUCAGUCCUAGUGAGCUGAGUAUCAUGCAAAGUUUUGGGAGUGAUGCAAUAAAUGUUCUUGCUUAGGAAAGAGGAGGGGUGUAAUUCAUAUUCACAUUUGAGUAAUUAUGAAUGUUUCCGUGAAAUCAGACAGUGGCUGCUGUUGAUGCUGUUCCCAACCUUGCUCUACCUCUCAUACAAACACAUUGCCAGUAUAGUCAAGUUGAGAGAUCAGUGGAAAAACUUGGAAAAGGUAAUUGUUGGAUUACAAUUCCCAGUAUCUACAAGCCAGUAGGACCACAGGAAAUUCUGGGAGUUGAAGUCCAAAAGUGUAAUUUUCCUGAGCUCUAAGUGUAGGACUACCUGACCAGUAUUGUCUGGACUACCAAAUAGUCCGCUAGAAUUUCUCAGAACCAAUGAAAGAAUCACACUAUGAAAUUUGUCCUAUUUGUCUGGCACUGGACAAAUUUUAAUGUGCAACCUAUGUUCAGCAGAAAGAUGGGAACUGUAAAAACGGCUAUGUUUGAUGGAUAACACAUGCAACUAUGAGAUUCUGCCCAUUCUUAGAAGUCACCCAAAUUGACCAUGAACAAUAUAGUUAUGUGUUGCCAUGGUUCCCAUUGUAUUGUUAUUACAUACUUACCUGCAAAUACACAUUUGCAUUUCCAUAUCUGCCUGCUAUCCUAGCAGUAGCUUUGGGGUUUGUGACCUUGUCCCAUCCUAAGUGUUUAUUGGCUGGCACAAAACAAUCUUAGGAGCAUGCUGAGACCAAGUCACUAUCACACCUAUUUGUGGUACAGAAAAAUUGUUUUGAUCAGGCAUCCCUCCUACAGGUGACUGUCAAAAGAUACGCAUGUAUUAAAAGUGAGAAUGGGGCCCACAUCUGAUUUUUCACAAAACAUCAAUCGAGUUUACAAAUUAUUUCCCUCAUGUUGACAUUUACCAAUAUUCACAUUCUCUAGUGGAGAACAGACAACUUUGAUGUGUCUUAAAUAUGCAAAUAUGUCACAACUGUACCUUGUCAUUUUUUUAAAGAAAGAGAAAGAAUGUUUGGCUUAUCAGUAUUGUUCAAAGUAAUUUGUCAGUGGGGUAGGUGGAAUCAGUCUUCUGACUUUGAAGAAUAGCCAUAUGACUAGUUCACCUUAUGGUUGCCUCAGCACAAGGAAAAAAUUAACCCUUGAGCUUUUGAAGGGGAGCAGAGAUGUAAUGUUGGAUACCACAUUGUACCUCUGUGCAAGUAGGUGCAAUGGAAGCAAGCUCAUGUUUUGAGAGUAGGCAAUCUCUUGCAGUUAUGACCUUCAUUUUUUUAUACAGCCACAAAGCUGAACCAUGUAAAAAUGGACACCAUGUCCCCCCUCUCUCUCUGCUACUAAGCUAAAACACAGGGGCAAGAAAGGGGGGGAGUUAAUUCAUCAUUGUAAAUGGAAUUAAUUAAUAAAGAAGCACAAUGUUUAAUUGUGAUGUCGCUUUCUAGAACCUUUAGCUGUCUUUCAUGUUCCUUUUACCUGUACCUUAACCAACGAUUGCAUUUGCAAAGCUACUUUUUGGGGCUUAUUGUGUGAUUCCUUUAUAUUUAAGCAGUUUGGGGCAGCGCCCUGAAAGAGUAUGAAGAUUUUAUUCAACCCAGGCAGUGCAAAGUAAGAGACAACAUGAGAUACUUUAAGAAGUGUCUCUUCUCAUCCCUGCUGGCACUAAGUGGACCCUUUUUUUAGAAAGGGCUUAUUGAUGAGGUUACUAAACCUAAGGAAAUAAAGAAUUGCUGGUGACAAUGAUAUUAUAUAUGCCAGACUUCCCUACAUUACCAAGGGCCCUCCAGAUAUUUUUGACUGCAAUCGCCAUCAAACCCAGUCCUGCCAGCCAUGCUGGUGGGUGCUAAUGUGAGUUCUGUUUUAAGGCAUCUGGAGGGCCCCAGGUCAAGGGGGGAAGCUGAAAUACACAGUCUGCACAAAUUUGUAUGUUGUAUGCAUUGAUGCCUUUCCUGGUGAUGCUUUUUAAAACAAAUCAGUGUUUUUUCAAACUUGUUUUUUUGUAACCAAAUGGUUUUUAUUUUCCCCAGAAGUGGAAUUUUAAAAAAAUUAAUGAUUACUAUAAAGAUAAUCUGCUGUUUCUCUGAGCUUUUUUUCAGGCAAAGCUUAAAAAAGAAUAAAACAACUGCUAUGCUGUUUUCAAGAAUGUCAAUAACCCCUUUGGAUUGUUUGCCUUUGUCUUAGUCUAUCUACCCAUCUUCCUAGUAGACACAACAAUGUGGUUUUGUUUUCUUGCUCUUCUCCUUCCCCCAGAAAUUAAAUGCUUUGUCUUUGUUUCCCAAAAAGCCACUUGAAACCUCAAUAAAGGCUGUUGCCUAAACACAGCAUACUUUUCAUGUGCUCCCAUUUUAUGCCA